AUCGUGAUAGCUUGCAGCUCCUGUCCCGUGCGCCAGGAACGGGAACCUUGAUGAUUUGCCGCAAUUGCCGGUCCACAGGCUCCACAUGAGCGCAAACGCGACGCAAGCGCUUCCAAUGGUUGAAACCCGUGGCGCCUCGAGCUUGGCCAUCCCGAAUCCUGGAUCUCGACAUCUUGAAGGGUGAUUUUUCUUUCGUUACGGCGACCAUUGUGUCGGCUUAUAAAUUCUCAAGAUUUGCGCCAUGAUUCGCAACAGUCCGGUCGUUCCGUUUGCCUAACCGACUUCAGACCUGUGUCCUGCUACCUAGCUGCCAUUGCGCCGGCACCCGCACCCGGAGCUGCCGCCGAGGAUCGAGGCGCGACUGCGCAAACAGACAGCAUGGGCUCCUUUCCCCGAGUUCGGUUCCUGGCGAUUGCCAUAAUCUUCCACUUCGCGUACAUAUUUUCCAUAUUCGACAUCUAUUUCGUUAGCCCCAUUGUCUCUGGAAUGCGCCUGUUCCAAGUAGAGAGACCAGCAAACCGCGCCCCCGCAGACCGCCUGGUCCUCUUUGUUGGUGACGGAUUGCGUGCUGAUAAAGCGUUUCAAUGGCACCCCGAGCCCUACCCCCAAUCUGAUGACGACCUCGCCCCGCGACCCUUGGCCCCCUUCCUGCGAUCCAAGGUGUUGGAGGAAGGAACAUUUGGCGUGUCCCACACCCGCGUGCCGACUGAGUCGCGACCCGGCCAUGUUGCCCUCAUUGCCGGCCUCUACGAAGAUGUCUCGGCGGUAACCACGGGCUGGAAGCUGAACCCGGUUAAUUUCGACAGUCUCUUCAACCGCAGUCGGCACACGUGGAGCUGGGGCAGUCCCGACAUUCUACCCAUGUUCCAGCACGGUGCCGUACCUGGCCGGGUGGACGCAUUCACCUACGGCGCAGAGCUUGAGGAUUUCUCCUCGGAUGCUAUUGUGCUGGAUCUUUGGGUGUUUGAUCAUGUCAAGGAGUUCUUUGCCGAGGCGCGCAAGAACAAGACGCUCAACGAUGCGCUGAGGCAAGACAAGGUAGUGUUUUUCCUUCAUCUGCUGGGACUAGACACUACCGGGCAUUUCCACCGGCCGUAUUCGAAGGAAUACCUUAACAACCUCAAGGUCGUCGAUAAGGGAGUGCAGGAAAUUGUGAAAUUGAUUGAGGCCUUUUAUGGCGACGACCGAACGGCCUUCGUCUUUACCGCCGACCAUGGCAUGAGUGACUGGGGCAGCCAUGGCGACGGCCACCCCGACAACACGCGGACACCUCUCAUCGCUUGGGGCUCAGGGGUCGCCAAGCCUCAGCUCUACCCGGGAGAUGUCGCACCGGGACACGACGAGUUUUCGUCAGACUGGCAUCUUGACCAUGUCAGGAGACACGACGUUGCGCAAGCCGAUGUCGCCGCGCUCAUGGCCUACCUUGUCGGUACUGAGUUCCCAGCGAACUCGGUAGGUGAGCUGCCAUUGUCAUUCCUGGCCGCGGAUAUCAAGGAGAAAGCCGAGGCAUCGCUCGUCAAUGCGCGCGGUAUUCUCGAGCAGUACCGCGUGAAGGAGGAGAUGAAAAAGGCCACCGAAUUGAGGUACAGACCUUACGAGCCCUUGAGCAACAAGGGUCUCGAGCCCGAAAGCCGGGUUGCUCACAUCCAGCAGCUCAUCGAGGCUGGGAACUAUGAGGAGGCUAUCGAGGAGUCAGCCGCCCUCAUGAAAGUAGGCCUCGGCGGUCUCCGGUAUCUGCAGACCUACGAUUGGCUGUUCUUGAGGGCGCUCAUCACUGUAGGGUAUCUGGGAUGGAUGGUGUAUGCUCUCACGACUGUCAUCGACCUCCACGUAUUGCACGGGCGUUUACAGCCCUCGAGAACGCUUUUUGGGGCUCUUAUCUCGUCUUCGAUCUUGACCGCACUCUAUGCAUCCUUUAUUGUCUCGAAGUCUCCGCUUGCUUAUUAUGCGUAUGCCUUCUUCCCUGUCUUCUUCUGGGAAGAGGUCUAUGCGCGCCGGCAAAGCUUGGUGGAAGGCCGCAAACAGUUAUUCGGACAUAUCGAAUCAGGGGGGAGCCUUGCUUCGUUGGUAUUCAAUUUUGCAGUUUAUGUCGGCAUCAUUGAGUCAUUGGCUCUGGGCUACAUCCACCGCGAGAUUCUCACAAUACUGUUCAUCGUCGGCGCCUUUUGGCCUCUUGUCUAUGGUCUCUCCUUCCUGCAGCAACACGCCGCGCUGUCCAUCACGUGGCUCCUCUCCUGUCUCACCAUGAGCACCUUCACAUUACUUCCAGCCAUGAAGACUGAGAAUGUGAACUUGAUUAUGGGUGGGGGCGCAUUGAUGGUUAUUGUCGGCGUGUUAUACCUGAUCUUGGAAGAUUUCGUCCUCGCCGGCUUUACGUGGCCGGCGAAGGGCUCUUCUCGCAACAACCUAGUUUCCCGGACUCUUGUGGGUAUUCAGGUUGGCCUUACGCUCCUUGCUAUGGUUGUCACUCGGUCGAGCGCCCUGUCGCUGCAGGCAAAGCAAGGACUUCCUCGCGGCAAUCAGAUUGUGGGCUGGGUUGUUCUGGUCGCGUCCCUCCUCAUGCCCGUGGCAUACCGUCUGCAAGCCAACAACCAUUACAUGCACAGAAUCAUGGUCAUUUUCCUCGCCUGCGCCCCAACAUUCGUCAUCCUCACCGUUUCCUACGAAGGACUGUUCUAUGUCGCCUUCUCAGCGAUCCUGGUCAGCUGGGUUCGCCUAGAGCAUGCCAUCUAUAUCCAUUCCCAGCCCGAGCCAACCUGCUUCUCAUCAACUAAUGGCGCGGCGGACACAUCGUCAUCAUCAGCGAACGGAUCGGCAGCCCCCAAAGAGCAAUCCCUCCUCAGCACCAAAACAACCCUCGCCUCGCCCUUCCGCCCACUCACCCUCCACGACGCCCGCGUCGCCCUCUUCUUCUUCGUCCUCCUGCAAUCAGCAUUCUUCAGCACGGGCAACAUCGCCUCCGUCUCCUCCUUCAGCCUCGAUAGCGUGUCCCGCCUCAUCCCCAUCUUUGACCCCUUCUCCCAGGGCGCCAUGCUCAUCCUCAAGAUUAUGAUCCCAUUCGCACUCGUCUCGGCAAACCUGGGCAUCCUGAACAAACAGUUAGGCGUGGCACCCUCGGCACUGUUCAUGGUCGUGAUGGCUAUCAGCGACGACGAAGGGUCCUGGCUUGAGAUUGGCUCGACGAUUAGUCACUUCGUGAUUGCGAGUUUGCUGUGCGUAUUUGUGGCGGCAUUGGAGGGGGUCAGUGCCAUGUUCAUUGCCGGAGUCGAGGUCGGCGACGACGUGACAAGGGCGGUUGAAAAUGGGGUUGUGGCGGAGGCAUUGUCGGGAAAGACUAGUAGCGCGGCAGUCGAGCAAUUGGCUGCUGGUGCUGAGGAAUAG